UCACUGCUUUUCGCAAGACGAGCCUGGGCCGUUAGUUAUACCAUUAUCUGGACAUAGCUUGACAAUAAUUUAUUUCGCCGUUUGUGAUUUGAAUGAGGAACCCUAACUGAUGCAAUCGAAUAAAGCAAUCGAUCAUUGGACACAUCGUAGUACGAGUAAACGGCACACUUCACCCGUUUAUUGCGAGUGCUAACAACUUCAAAAUCCAGGUCGUUAAUCGUUACAUUUAUUUUAUUAACCUUCGCAUAAUCAAACGGAAACAGAUAAUACCUACAGGAUAGUAUAUAACAGUGCUACAAUGAUUCAGUGAAAGUUAUAGCCAAGCUGAAACAGUGCGCAGACGUUCUAAGAAAAUAAAGAUUUCCUAGACCAUGGAUUGCAAAAUUGUGUUAUUGCUAGCGAUCGCUGUGACGUCAUGCGCCUGUCUCCCCGAGCCCGCGGGCCCCUGGACGUUGGAGCCCAAGUGCGCGUGCGGCAGAAUGUAUCUGCCCGUCUGCGCCACGGACGGCAAAACUGUCAUCACUUACAGCAAUAUGUGCGAGUACAAAUGUGCCGCCUCAUUUUACCAACAAUUCCUUGGAACACACAUAUACAUUAAAAAGGAAAACGUGUGCGAUGAACACGAUACAGUGGGGAAGAAGUACUAAAAAGACUUAAGUAUUUUUGACAAAAAUAAAUUAUUAAAUAUGUUUAUGCUGUAAAUAAUAUUGUCUAUUCUCGUUUUAAAAUAAAUGUGUGUAUUUUACCUAAGCCUGUUUUUUUUUAUCAUCAUAGCCUCUUUUAUAACUAACUGUAAGUAGGUGUAUAGAAAUUAUAAAAGUUUCAUCAAAAUCAGUUUGUUUUAUACUUUGACUUGUGGCUUUUAAGUUUUUAUAUAGUUACUACUCGUAUGAUGCACCUAAUUAAUCUGAUUACAAUAAUUGUAUCUGUUUUAUAUCCUAUCUUAUAUUGAAAUGAUACCAUUGGCAUUUGGCAUUGAUAUAAAUAAUAAGUACUUACCAACAAUUCAAGUUGAU